UUCGAUGGUUAAAGUGCAAAACCUCGUAAGUCGAUUUUUUUCCAUUUAACCUUUUAUUCGAUAAACACUUACAAAAUAUCAAAAUCCUUAAGCCUGCAAAAGCUCGUAAGUCCAUUUAUAAGUUUAUGGACCCAUAGCGCCAUCUGUCAAAACCUCUUAAGAAAAUUUUCCCAAACAGUUUUGCAGAAAUCUCCUAAUUCGACUUAGGAGGUUUUGGUAUUUAAAGUAAGUAAUUGAUCUAGAAAUAGAUAUGCGACUUGCGAGGUUUUGAUACCACAUGUUGGGUGUAUUUAACCUAUGAAAUUAUUGUUUUGGUUUCGUUUUUCGAUGUUUUGUAAAUGAUUAAAUUAUAAUUAAUAAUGUCCGGUACUCGCGGAAAAUUGAUGGUGAGGCUAUGCCUAGAAGCUAGUGCGGAAACAACCAAAAUGGAAGAACAAAAGUAAGUUAUUAAUAAUUAAUAAAUAAUUCCAAACAUACUUUCAGUUUUUGUCAUUGUAAGGGUAUGUUUUACAUUACUUUUAAUUCUUUAGUAAAAUGAGCCCUGGUAUUAUAAAUGAUACAACCGAGGAUACAACAAUAUCUGAAACUGAUUUGGAAACAAAAGAUGAGGCUUUUCGAAGUACAGAUGACCCAAACAUAUUAGAAAAUGAUGUUGCUAAUGUGGGACUUGAUUUGGAGCCUGAUAAUUCUUUCACUCUGCCAAAAAGAACAUUGGUUGAUCACACUAGUGAUGAUGAUAUACCAAGUGAUAGAAGUGAACCUUUUCAAGACAGUGGAUCUGAGUAUGUGCCAUCCGAGGUGCCAUCAAAUCAAUCUGAAGAGAGAGUGUCUGAGGAAGUCGAGGAAGAACCUCAAGAAGUUUUAGAAGCAAGCCCAAGAAAUGAAGAGUUAGAAACACCGAGAGGUAGAAAGAGGAUUAGAUCGAAGGGAAAAUCUGUGAAUGCUUUAAAUAGUGAGAGAAAUAAAAAUAAACAUAAAAGAAUGAAGGGCGAAAAUUAUGUAUCAUUUAAACAUUUAAAGAAAGAAAAAAGGUAUGAAAAAAUCCAAAGGGAAGAAAGAAAAAUGGGGCCUGCUUGCAAAUGUAAACUAUCUACAAAGUCUAAGCAAUUUUUUUGUCAAGCCUUCACAGAGCUAGAGAGAAAAGGGAUAUUUGAUGAGUUUUGGCAGAAUCUUACCUGGAGUGAGAAGAAAGUCUACAUAAGAGGACUUGUAGAUACAGCUACUCCAAAAUGCCAUCGGACAGGUAAUGAAAUUGCUCCUUACCAAUUUUUCUUUUUAUUAAAAAGAUUUUAUUUAGAUAUACCUACAGGGAAAACCAAGACAGGUUGCCUACAGAUUUUACCUCAAGAAAGAGAAUGUACGGAAACGAGUGUGCAGGAAAAUGUUUAUGGAGACGCUCUGUAUAGGAGAAUGGAGUAUCAAAAGUUGGGUUAGUCAGAAUGUCCCACCUUGCAAUCAGCAGUCAGCAAUUCCGAAACCAACUGAAAACCUUCGAAGCAAAAAACAACCCUCAAAGGAUAAAGAGUAUCUUAUUAGGUUCCUUCGAACCCUUCCACAAAUGGAAAGCCAUUAUUGUAGAAAAGAUACUGCUAAAUUGUACCUAGAAGCGCAAUGGCAAAACAUAAACGAGUUAUACCGGUUCUACUGUGCGGAAUGCGCAAGGCAGAAUUUUCAAGCAAUCAAUCACACUACUUUUCGAGAGGAAUUAAGAAAUCAGAACCUUUCACUGUACAGGCCAAAGAAAGAUCAGUGCGACACACUGUUAUUUUCAAUGGAUGUCCAAUCAGUAUUGACAGCUCCUAAACUACAAGUAUCUGCAUCAUAUUAUAAAAUGAAGCUAACCGUACAUAACUUCACCUUUUUCAAUAUGAUAUCGGGCAAGGGAGAUUGUUAUAUUUGGCACGAGGCUGCUGGAGGUGUCACUUCUAACGAAUUCACGUCCGUUAUUAUAGAUUACAUUAACAGGUAUGCGACAGGAGAAACUAAAUCAGUCAUUAUCUUUAGUGAUGGAUGUGGGUACCAAAAUCGGAACGUGAACUUAUCUAACGCUUUAUCGGCUUUGGCCAGAACAAAAGACUUGGAAAUAUACCAAUAUUACCUCGAAAAAGGACACACGCAAAUGGAGUGCGACUCCAUUCACGCAUGCAUAGAAAGAAAAUUAAAAAAUCGGGAGGUUUAUGUGCCCGGAUGUUAUGUCCAAAUAGCAAAAACUGCAAAAAUAAAAAAUCCGUAUGAAGUUCAUUACCUUCCUCACACUUUCUUUAAAAAAUAUUCCGUGUUAAACUCCUAUACUUCUAUUCGUCCAGGUAAUAAGACACAUGAUCCAAAAGUAACCGAUUUAAGAUGCAUAGCAUACCGGGUUGAUGGCACCAUUGAAUUUAAAAUUAAUUAUGAAGACGCUUGGGCUCAACUUACCAGGCGUAGACAAAACAAUCAAGUUGAUAUCACGGUUCCGUCUUUGUAUAGUGAACCACUAAAAAUAAAACCUGAUAAGUUCCAACAUCUCCAGGAUUUGAAAAUGUUUAUCCCGGAGGACUUCAGACCAUUUUAUGAUAGUCUUAUUAGUCAAAAAAAAUAAUAACCUGGGAAGUUUCAUAAAAUGUUCAAGUAUUAUCAGAAUUACAUGAUUUAUUUAGUUAUUUCGCAAUAAACAGACUUGGUAAACUAUGUCGUUUUUUUUUAUUUAACAACAUAUUUAAUUACUAUUGUUAAAAAAUUGAUUUUUGUUUUUAAAAAUUGAUAUUUCCGUACAAAACCUCGUAAGUUUUUCCAAACACUUUAAAUAUUAGAAGUCAAAACCUCGUAAGUAGAUUUUUUUUUGAAUCAACAAAAAUUUUGAAAAAAUAUGUAUAUCUCAAGAAAAUGCUUCAGCAUAUUACAUUAUUUUAAUUAAAACACUUUUUCAAAUUUAUCGAUUAAUGAGUGUAACCGUUUUUCGCUUUUCCUGUAAAAUUUAUUAAUAUUGACUUACGAGGUUUUGCACUUUAACCAUCGACUUG